GAAUCGAGAAAGACCACACACCCAGCGACCAGACCCGAACCCAGUUUUAGUUCCUUCAUUUUCAUUAUCAUUAUCACCCCGAUAUUCAUUCAUAUCUCUAUUUUUCUUUUUCUCCCUUUCUAUCUUCUUCAUCUCUAAGAAGGGGGAAAAACCGUAGAAAGGGAAAAAAAACCCUAAAAGCCCAUGAUUGUUGAUUUGAUGGAUCUGUAGAUCUACGCUUUGAGGAAAAAAAAAAAAACCCAACACGUAUCGCUCCGUUUCUUUUGAUCUCCGUUGUUUUCACCUGCUAUGAUUCAGUAGCUGAAAACCAAACAGCUUAAUUUCUACUGAGACCGCUCUGAUUAUUUAUUGGUUUAAGUAUCUUUUGGUCGGUAUAUUGCAUCCAAUUUGGAUGUUUAUGGGGAAUUGGAGGCUGGCUCAGGUGAGAUGAGGGAUGUUAUCAAGGUUGGUCAACUUUCUGAAGGCCUGCUGGUGGCCAUCCUUGGACCGUUAUGCGCACAAAGGUUCGGAUGCAUCCGGCUGGCAAGAUGGGCUCCUAUGGUACAAAGACAAUGGGCAGCACUUCAAUGGUGAGUUUUCCAUGGCUGUUGUCCAGGCCAACAAUCUGCUUGAGGAUCAGAGCCAGAUUGAAUCUGGCUCCUUGAGCACUCUUGAGUCUGGUCCAUACGGUACCUUUGUAGGAAUAUACGAUGGUCAUGGUGGCCCUGAGACAUCGCGCUAUAUCAACGAUCACUUAUUCCAGCAUCUAAAGAGGUUCACCACAGAGCAGCAAUCAAUGUCUGUGGAUGUCAUAAAGAAAGCAUAUCAAGCAACAGAAGAUGGAUUUUUCUCUCUUGUUACAAAACAAUGGCCUAUGAAUCCCCAGAUUGCAGCUGUCGGAUCAUGUUGCCUGGUUGGUGUUGUUUGUAAUGGAACCCUUUACAUUGCUAACGUUGGGGACUCUCGUGCUGUGCUUGGAAGGCUUGUCAAGGCAACUGGGGAGGUUCUUGCCAUCCAGCUGUCAUCAGAGCAUAAUGUAGCAAUAGAGUCGGUCAGGCAGGAGAUGCAUUCUUUGCACCCUGAUGACUCACACAUUGUAGUUUUAAAGCAUAAUGUAUGGCGUGUAAAGGGCCUGAUACAGAUUUCUAGAUCAAUAGGUGAUGUUUAUCUUAAAAAGGCUGAGUUCAACAGGGAGCCUCUAUAUCAAAAGUUUCGUCUUCGUCAACCUUUUAGGAUGCCAAUUUUGAGCUCAGAACCAUCAGUAUCAAUGCAUGAACUCCAACCUCAUGAUCAGUUUCUCAUAUUUGCUUCUGAUGGGCUCUGGGAACAUCUCAGCAAUCAGGGCGCAGUUGAUAUAGUUCAAAAUCAUCCACGCAAUGGGAGUGCUAGGAGGCUUGUGAAAGUUGCCUUGCAGGAAGCUGCUAAAAAGAGAGAAAUGAGGUACUCAGAUUUAAAGAAGAUUGAUCGAGGCGUGCGGCGUCAUUUCCACGAUGACAUCACAGUCAUAGUUGUAUUUCUUGAUUCGAAUCUCGUGAGCAGAGCCAGCUCAGCAAAAGGCCCUUCAUUAUCCCUGAGAGGAGGUGGAAUCAAACUGCCUGCAAAAACCAAGGCUCCCUGUUAAUGGGGUUGGCCACAUAUGCUGUUAUACUCUACCUACCAAGUGCAGGAUCCUGUUCUGAACUUCCAUGAUGCCAGCAGUUAUUAUAAGGCAAUAGAGAAGGUGCAGUGGGUUAGUCUUUAAUUUUUAAUUUUUUUCUAGUGUAUAAUGUAACAUUUUAACUUGAGGAAUAUUUUUAGUUUAUAAGCCGUUGAGCUGGAAAGGAAAGAAGCAGGAAAAUAGAGGUGCAAAGGUGACAGAAGAAAGAUUCUUUUCUGUUCGUUAGCAUUCAUUUCGUAUAUUUGCUGGCAUUUUGGAGUGUUUUUGGGUUUGUAAAUUAUGUUUUACAUCCCCGAAAAUCAAUCAAAAUUCCUGUAACCGUUGUUUGCAUGUUGAUAUGAAUGGACACUAGUGGAACAA